UCAUUCUCUGAUUCUCUUUGUUCACACACAAUUUCCGUUCUUCAUGCUCGAUUUCCAGCUCUUCCUUCUGGAUAUGAGUUCGACAUUUUGGAGACUUCCAUUCAUUUUUCUUUUCAUCAACUUGAACUUUGAUUGUCUUGGUUAUUGGGAAUUGUGGUGAUGAAAUUGGAGAAUGAGUGUUUUCACCGGUGAUCAUUCCCUUGUGCACUGCAACAUGGCUUCUUUAACCCCGAGCUCCACCAACAUUUCACUUACUCAAGCUGUUUCCCUCACAACUAACAAAAGCAACAUCUUGUCCAGACCUAGCAUCCUGCGCAAUGUUAACAAACAUAAAUUGACAGCGCAGCGACAUGCACUACCUCUCUCAACAUCGAUCAGAUUGUUUCCCCAAUUUCAUAUUGGGUGUGUUCUGAAGCCUAAGCAUAGGACUCUUGCAGUAUAUGCUUCUGGUACAGAUGUUGCUGUGGAGGAGGCAGAUUUGUCUUUAGCAGAUAGCGAAGCCUCAGUGAGUGCCACAAAUGCUGCAGAAACCGGUGGAGAGUCAGCUGUUGUACCUGAAACCAGUCCUAUUAAGUCUCAACGUUCAAGACCUUCUAGAAAGAGUGACAUGCCGCCUGUGAAGAAUGAGGAACUUAUUGCAGGAGCAACGUUUACUGGAAAAGUCCGAUCAAUCCAGCCAUUUGGUGCUUUUGUUGACUUUGGCGCUUUUACUGAUGGGCUUGUUCAUGUUUCUCAGUUGAGUGAUAGCUAUGUGAAGGAUGUUGCUAAUAUAGUUUCUGUUGGACAAGAGGUGACAGUAAGAUUAGUUGAAGCGAAUUUGGAAACGGGGCGAAUAUCCCUGAGCAUGCGUUCUGACAGCUCUAGCAGGGUUCAACAACAAAGAGAAUCUCCAGAUGGAAAUGAUAAAUCCAGACCUCCUAGAAGGAUGAGUCAAAAUUCCAAUCAGAGAAGAGACGAGCCAAAGAAAUUCUCAAAGUUCGUCAAAGGCCAAGAUCUGGAGGGAACUGUCAAAAAUCUAACUAGAGCUGGUGCUUUUAUUUCUCUUCCUGAGGAUGAGGAAGGAUUCCUGCCUCAAUCCGAGGAAAACGAUGAGGGGUUUGGGAGCAUUAUGGGUGUUACUUCAUUGGAAGUAGGGCAAGAAGUCAGUGUCCGAGUUUUGCGUAUUUCUAGAGGACAGGUAACAUUAACUAUGAAAAAGGAUGAAGAUGUUAAACAGUUGGAUUCGAAGCUAACCCAAGGCACGGUACAUACAGCAACUAACCCUUUUGUUCUAGCUUUCCGUAGCAAUGAAUCUAUUGCUACCUUUUUAGAUGAAAGAGAAAGUGAGAAGCAACAAGCUGAGGAAGCAGAGGAAAUCUCAAAGGAUGCCGAUGACAUGGUAGCCAGCAUAACAGAGGACACUUCAGCCAUAGAAAAAAAAUCCGAAGACUCUGAAACUAAAGAUGACGAGGUCAGAGUUAUUGAAGAAGUUCAGGCCAGCUCUGUUUUAGUUGGCGAUGAUGGAAGCCCGCAAACUGAAGACCAAGAAACCAAUUCUUUAACUGAAGCUGAAGAGAGUAAUGAUGGUGACGUAUCUGGAGGGAUAGCUGAUAUUUCUUCCCAGAUUGUUGAAAACGCUAUUGAAAGUUUGGUUGAUAAUGCAACUUCAGAAGAUGAGUUAGCUGUGGAUCCUGGAUCUGUUGCUGCAACUGAAAGGGAUAUAGAACAGCAACAAUCUGGAGAAUCAACUAAUCAGACCAGACCUGGUGUCACUGGCGAAGAAACACCAAAAGCAGCUGAUGAUGUAAUAGCAGAAGUUGAAGAGAAGAGUGAAGAAGCAGACAGCUCUACCAUCACACAAGAUAAUGAAGUUACUGCAGCCAUCAAUCCUGUGGAAAGUGACAGCUUAAGUGCAGAAACUGAGUCUGGGGAUAUUGAAGCCAAACCUGCAGAAAGUCCUGUCACCAUUAGUGACAAUCUUGGAGUCGAUAUAGCUGUGAAUGGUGAAGAAAACCAAACUUCUGCUGAUCCUCAGCCAAACGGUGAUGCCUCAAAUUCAAUCGAACAAAGCAGCAACGAAUCGCCUAAAGAAACAGUUGUAAAAGCUGCUGUAUCACCAGCUCUUGUGAAGCAGUUGCGGGAGGAAACAGGAGCAGGAAUGAUGGACUGUAAAAGAGCCCUUUCCGAGGCUGAAGGAGAUAUUGAAAAAGCCUACGAGUACCUCCUUAAGAAAGGUUUAGCUAGUGCUGAUAAGAAAGCCAGUAGGGCUACAGCUGAAGGAAGAAUUGGUUCAUAUAUCCAUGAUAGCAGGAUUGGUGUCCUCAUAGAGGUGAACUGUGAGACAGAUUUUGUCGCUCGAGGUGACAUUUUCAGAGAACUGGUUGAAGACUUGGCCAUGCAAGUGGCCGCAUGCCCUCAAGUACAGUAUCUUAGCCCAGAAGAUGUUUCACAAGAGUUUGUUGAUAAGAAAGAAACAGAAAUGCAGAAGGAAGAUCUACUGUUGAAGCCAGAGCAAAUUAGAUCCAAAAUUGUCGAGGGGCGCAUAAGGAAGAGGUUGGAAGAGCUUGCCUUACUGGAACAGCCGUUUAUCAAGGAUGAUAAAGUAGUGGUUAAGGACUGGGUGAAGCAGACCAUUGCAACGAUUGGAGAAAAUAUAAAAGUCAAGAGGUUUAUACGCUACAACCUCGGAGAAGGUUUAGAAAAGAAAAGCCAGAACUUUGCUGCAGAGGUUGCUGCCCAGACUGCGGCUAAACCAGUUUCAACAUCUACAAACCAGGAGCCUGCUGCUUCUGAGACCAAAGAAACCGUACAGGAGACUCCAAAAGCUGCAGUUUCUGCUGCGCUGGUUAAACAAUUACGCGAGGAAACUGGAGCUGGAAUGAUGGACUGCAAAAAAGCUCUCUCAGAAACUGGGGGAGACCUUGAGAAGGCACAUGAGUAUCUGAGGAAGAAGGGGCUUGCAGCAGCCGACAAAAAAUCAAGCCGAAUUGCUGCUGAAGGGAGAAUCGGAUCCUAUAUUCAUGAUUCCCGCAUUGGAGUUCUGUUUGAAGUUAAUUGUGAAACCGACUUUGUGGGUAGGAGCGAAAACUUCAAAGAAUUGGUUGAAGAUCUGGCGAUGCAAGUUGUGGCCUCCCGGCAGGUGCAGUACGUAUCAGUUGAAGAUGUCCCGGAAAGUGUUGUUACCAAAGAGAGAGAGCUGGAGAUGCAGAGGGAGGAUCUUCAGUCGAAGCCCGAGAGCAUAAGAGAGAAGAUUGUUGAUGGAAGAAUCGCAAAGAGGCUCGGAGAGCUGGCUCUUCUGGAGCAACCUUACAUCAAGAACGAUACGAUGCUCGUGAAGGACCUGGUGAAGCAAACUGUUGCUGCACUGGGGGAGAACAUCAAAGUCAGGAGGUUUGCCCGUUUCACACUUGGGGAGACACGUGAUGCAGUAGUCGAAGAGCAGGCCUGAGAUGCGGUGGGGAAACUCCACUCUGAUUACAGAGAGUGAGACCUGUAAAUUUUGAUCUGUGGAGCUGUUGAGUUCUCUCAGUAGAGUUAUCUCUACACUGCAGGUAUUUUACUUGAUUCUUUUUGUUAGAACAAAACGCAGUUGCAAAUGUCGAAACUUCGAGGGAGAAGGGUUUGCGCUCGCAUUUCAUUA